ACUGACAGGAAACUUCUCCAUCGUCUGUCAAACUCAGUGAUGAGUGACUUUAUUCACGUCGUUCUGAUUUGUGUCACCGUUCUCCUGAAAGCGGUUUCCAGCGAGCCCUUCUUUGAUAUCACGGAUCCAGAGUUUAUUAAGGAAUGUGUGACAGAACACAAUAUGGGCCGCAUCAACGUGAAUCCAUCAGCCAGCAACAUGCGCUACAUGACGUGGGAUGAAGGGCUGGCGGUGACGGCGCGGGCCUGGGCGAGAUUCUGUCUCUUUAAACAUAACAUUCACCUUAAGGAUGCGGGAAGGGUGCACCCAACGUUCACUUCUGUGGGUGAAAACAUCUGGGCUGGAGCUCCGUACACCCAUUUCAACGUGAAAUCUGCAAUUAAGUCAUGGGUAGACGAGGUCCAAGAUUACGAUUACAGUCAGAAUCAGUGCUCAAAAGUGUGCGGUCACUACACACAGGUUGUUUGGGCAGACACGUACAAGGUCGGUUGUGCCGCGCAGGCCUGUCCAAACGGUGUGGCUGAAACGUCUUUCUCAACAAGGCCAGGAAUCAUAUUUGUGUGCAACUAUGCAACAGCGGGAAAUUAUGAAGGUGUUGCUCCAUACAGAACAGGGUCACCGUGCAGUGGAUGUGGCAAGGAGACGUGUGAAAACAAACUCUGUCGAAACUCAACCCGUGAUGCACCGCAGAGUUAUAGGUGGACUCCUGACUGGGACCCUGUGCUGUCAUCCUGUGGCUCCUUCUGCCUGUCGGUUGUGAUGAUCAGAUUCAUAUCUGUCCUGCUCAUAUUUGCCAGCGUUUACUAUCUGAAUUGCCAUCAUAACCUGUUUGCAUACGAGUGA